AUGGCCGCCUCUCGCAUACGCGUUGCUUUUCCUCUUCAAGUCCUCAUUCUCGUGGCUGUAACCCUCGCAGUGUCACGUCCUCUUGUAGCGGGGACAAAUGCACCAGCCUCUUUCUCUGCAGACUUCUCAGCAGCGGAUGCGACUCGGGAAUAUUUGCGUCCGCGCUUGUCCGUGGCGCACAGGAAGCUCGCCGCCGAGACUGGCGCCGAAACUUACGCCGAAACUCCCCCCGUGACGUCCGGCGCAACUCGCGCCGCGAAAUCCGGCCAGUCCGCCGCAGCAGCAAGAGCAGAGCACGGUUCGGAGGCAACGAGUGAUAUUGCAGCCGAUUAUAACGCGAACGAGGAGCUUCCGGGCCGCCGAAUCACGGCAGCGACGAGGAAAGGAGCGGAUGCAACCGAGGCCACUGCCGCUGCAGUGGGAGGGGAUCGGCGAAUCAUGGCUGAGGGAGAGGCGCGAAAGGGAACUGUCUCACGGUGGUUUGGACUGAAGCGAGAUAAUGGAGAAGGGAAGGUUUGGAGGGGGACGGGUGUAACAGGAACUGGGACAGGUGAAGGGGAGAGAAUGGGAGUGAGGGAGGGAGUGAGGAUGGGGGUAAGGAUGGGGAGGGGUAAUGCUGCGGGAAAAGGUGAGAAGGCAGAGGGAGAGGCUGAUGAGGAGGAAGAGGAAGAGGAAGAGGAAGAGGAGGAAGCAGAGGAGGAAGGAAAGGAGGGGGUUGGGAAUGCGGCCAAGGGAGGGAGCGGCCUAGGGAGUAUCCGGGAAAGUGGUGGAGUGAAAGCUGUUGAAAGUGAUAAUACUGGAGGGAAUAUUGUGCGAGGGGUUGGGAGUGCGAGUGGAAAAGUCAAGGCAGAGGAGCAAGAAGGCAAGGCAGCAGAGGAGGAAGAAGAGGAAGAGGAGGAGGAGGAAGAAGAAGCGAAGGAGGGUGGCAAGGUUGUGAAACCUACUGGGGAGGGGAUGUUGGGAAGAAGAGGCAACGGGAAUUUCAAUGACGGUCAAGCAGUCAACACUGAUGCUGUGAGGAGAGGUGAAGUUACAACGGGGGGAGUGACACCAACGAGGGGUGGUGGUGGUCCUGUGUUGACGAAUUCGCCGGGUUUGAACACAGAGAGAGCAGUGGGAGUGGGAGUGGGAGUGGGAAGGCCGGUGGUUGAGGGGACGAAGGGACGGGAGAAGGUGAAGUUAGCAGGGCAGGAGGCGAAGGAAGAGGAGGAAGAGGAGGAGGAAGAGGAAGGGGAAGGUAAGGAGGAGGAGACGGCGGGGGGGAAGACGUCUCAAGGCAAGCAGGGAACCACGGCUCUCACAGCACGAGGAACUGACGUAGCUGGGGCUGCUGCUGUGGCGGCUACAGCUGCUGGCACUGGCAGCUCUUUCUCUUCGCUGCAAACUGCUGCUGGUAGUGUGGUGAAGAAGGGGAAAGAGGAAGAGGAGGAAGACGAGGAGGAGGAGGAGGAGGAAGUGGAGGAAACAGGGACGAAGACGUCACAAGGCAAGCAAGGAGCCACGACCAUCACCACGAGAGGAACGGACGCAGCUGGGGCUGCUGCGGUAGCGGCUACAGCUGGUGGCACUGGCAGCACUGGCAGCUCCUUCUCUCCGCUGCACACUGCUGCUGGCAGUGCGGUGAAGAAAAGUGCAGAGGAGGAAGAGGAGGAGGCCGAGGAGGAAGAAGAGGAAGAGGAGGAAGCAGGGGCGAAGACGUCGCAGGCAAUGGAAGGAGCCACACCCAUUACCACAACUGGAACCGACACAGCUCGGGCUGCUGCGGUAGCGGCUACAGCUACGGGCACUGGCAGCUCUAUUUCGCCGAUGCGAACUGCUGCUGGCAGUGCGAUCAAGGAUACGAAAGAGGAAGAAGAGGAGGAGGAGGAGGAGGAGGAGGAGGAGGAGGAGGAGGAGGAGGAGGAGGAGGAGGAGGAGGAGGAGGAGGAGGAAGAGGAGGCAGAGGCAGAGGAAAAAACAUCAGUAGCCAAGAAAGCACUCAUGCCUCGUACCACAGUGGGAACUGACGCAGCUGGGGCUGCUUCUGUGGCUGCUACAGCUGCUGGCACUGGCACUGGCACUGGCACUGGCACUGGCAGCUUUGGUUUUCCACUGCAAACUUCUGGCCGCAGUGCGGUCAAGAAGGUGAAGGAAAAAGAGGAAGAGGAAGAAGAAGAAGAGGAGGAGGAGGAAGAGGAGGCAGAGGAGAAGACGUCCCAAGCCAAGCAAGGAACUGCCACAAAGGGUGCAGAUCUAACCGGUACAGGUGCUACUCGUUUUGAAACGCCUCAGCUCACCAAAGGCACAGAAUUGUCUGGUGCAGGUGCGAUUGGGAAGGAUAAAGAGGAUGAGGGAGAGGAAGAGGAGGAGGGAGAGGAAGAGGACGAGGAAGAAAAAGAAGAAGGGCCAGGAGGAAGAGGCACAGCUGCUGGUGAUGUUGGAAGAAGUGGGUUAACUGCUGGUGGGGCCUUUUCUGGUGGCACUCUUCCAUCUGGCAGUAGCGAAUCAGCUUAUAAGGGAGCAACCAGCAGCUUGGAAUCCGGGAGUAGUGGCAGAGGAGGUGGUGGUGGUAGUGGUGGUGGGGACCCUGACGAGGUGGAAGGGACGAGCGUGGUGGGGAAGGGGCCUCCGGAGACUGGCUCUUCCCUUGCUGCUAAUGCUGCGACUGGUGCUGGUGCUGGCGCUGGCGCUGCGACUGGUGCUGGCUAUACUGGCAUUGGUGGUGGUGGUGUGGCUAGUGGUGCCAGCAAUGCUGGUUCCCGUGCUGCUUCUUCUGGGUUAGUUUCUGAUGGUGCUGGUGGUAAGAAGGCAGGGAGGGCGGGAGAUGAAGAAGAAGAGGGGACUGAGGAGGAAGAGGAUGAGGAGGAAGAGGAAGAAGAGGAAAAAAGAGGAGCCAAGGCGAGAGGUGUAGCGUCUGAAGGUAAGCUGUCGGGUGGGGCUUCGAUUGGAAGCCUGGUUCAGUCAGAGGCGAGAGGGUCGGGACUGAGUGAGUCCGGACGGGUUAAGUCAGGAGGCGUGACGAAGUCAGGCGUGACUAAGGCGGGAGUGACGGCAGAAGAAACUGUAUCAAAGGGAACGCGAGGCGCAGAGGAGAAGGAGGAGGAAGAAGAGGAAGAGGAGGAGGAAGAGGAGGAUGGGAAGGAGGAGGAUGAGGAGAAUCCAAGCACAAAGAAAGUGCUGGGUGGAAAGGGAGAAGCAUCAGAAGGUGAAUCAGAAUCAGAGCAUGGGUCGCCGUUUACGAAAUCCUCUGCAGUUCCGUUAGUGAAGGCUGGUGGCGUGAGCCGUGGUGUGACUGUAGGAGGAGGUGAUUCAAGGGGUGUGGGGGGAGAUGCUGGCAGUGGAAGAGAUAGGCUGGAGAAGGGAGGGAUGGGAGGCGAGGGAAAUGUGAAAGGGGAGGGCGAGGAGGAGGAAGAGGAGGAGGAUGGAGAGGAUGCGGAAGAGGACGAGGAGAGUGCAGGAAAACUGAAGGAUAAGGCAAAGGCUGGUGGUGCUUCAGGUGCAGCUUCAGCUGCUGGUUUUGAUGAUGGCUUGGCGAAGCCUGGGGCAACUGAAGGCUUAAAACGGACUCGGAUGGGAGAUCCACGAUCAAGUGCUAGUGCAAGUGCAGGUAAGGACACGGAGGCAGCAGCUAAGAGCGGUAGCAGUAAGGCAGACGAUGAGGAGGAGGGUGAGGAGGAAGAGGGGGAAGAGGGGGAAGAGGAAGAAGAAGGGAAGGCAGAUGGGAAGCAUGAGGAGAGAGCUGGGACGAGGGAGGAGGGAGUGAGAGGUGAAGGGGAGGGUGGAGGGGGGAGUGGAGAGUGGGGGAAGAAGAGUGGGAGGGGGGAGGUGGGGGAUGAAGGCACCAGGAUGGAAGGGGUUGGGCGAGGGGGCAGGGAUGGUGCUGUUGGUGAGAGAGGGGAGGAAGAAAGGGCAGCGACAGGUGGGAUUCCUGUGAGAGGAAAGGGGGUUGGAGUGCAGAAGGGAAAGGAGAAGGGUGAGGAAGAGGAGGAAGAGGAAGGUGAGGAGGAAGAGGAGGAAGGGGAGGAAGAGGGAGAGGAGGAGGAGGAGAAGAAAAGUGUGGGGGGAAAGGCUGGUAAGGGAAAGGUGAAAAAGGGAGCGUCAGGAGGAAGAGGAGGAGCUGGGGAGGAGGAAGAGGAGUCUGAGGAGAGGGAGGACGAGUCAGAAGGAAAGGAAGAAGAGGAAUUAGAAGGGAAGGCGUCAAUGAGGGGUGGGUAUACAAAGGCAGGGCAGCAGCAGUCGCGGGCAGAGCAGGUGGAGGGAGAGAGGGAGGCGAGUGAUGCUGCUUCUUCUGGCGGUGGUGAUGGUGCAAGGGAGGGGAAGGUGAGGAGAGGAACGGGUGGAGGUGAGGAAGGGACGAUGGGGGAGCGGAAGGGCGGGAAAGGCGAAGCAGGAAGUGCAGGUGAGGAUGAGAGUGAGAGUGAGGAUGAAGAGACAGAAGAGGAGGAGGAAGAGGACGAGGAGAGUGGUGAGAGGAAGAAGAGAGGAUCCGAGGAGGAGGAGGGUCGUGGAGAGAAGAAGGGAGGGAAGGCGGAGGAAGAGAAGGGAGUUGAUGAGGAGGGAGAGGAGAAGCGGGAAUGGAAGAGUCGUGAGGAAGGUGGGGGCAUGGAGAGCAGGUUAGUUGUGAAGGGAAAGAGGGAGGGAGAAAAGGGAGAGAGGGAUAAGGAGGAGGAGGGAGAGGAGAGGGAGGAGGGGGAGGAGGAAAAGGGGGAAGAUAAAGGUGGCAAAAGCGGAGGAGAGGUGCGAGAAGAGGAAGAAGGAGGAGAGCGGGACGGGGUAAGAGGUGGGGAACGGGAUGAGGGCCGCGAGGAGGAAAGAGGGGAAGGAAUGGAAGAGGGGAGGGAGGAGGAAAGGGAGGUGGGAAGAGGGGAGGGAAGGGAGCAGGAAAGGGAGGAGGAAAGAAGGGAGAAGAGGGAGGGAGAGAGUUUUGGGCUUCAUUAUAAGGCAGGUGGUGAGCGUGACGAUGGGGGAGGGGAGCGUGAGUGGGGAAAGAGAGGAGGUGAGGGUGGAGGGGGAGGGGAAGGUAUGGGUGAAAGAGGAGGAGAAGGAAUGGGAGGAGGAGGAGGAGAUACUGAUGAUAUAGGAAUGGGGAGAGACGCUGGGGACGAUGAGAGGCAGCAAGGGGAGGCUGGGGAAUCAGGAAUUGGAGAGGGAAGGGGAGAGCACGCGAGCAAAACUCCAGAUGGUUUUUCCUCCUAUGCUGCUGCGCACGGUGACACCACCCACGGCCAGAGGGAAGGCGAACCUUCCUAUGGCCAUGCACAGGGGCAGCAAGGCAGUGAAUUUGGCAGCAGCGGCGGCGUCGGGAGGGAGACGGAGUUUGGCAGAGAGCAAGGGCAACAAGGCACCGACUUUAGCAGCAGCAGCAGCAACAGCAAGAUGAGGGAGAAUGAGUUUGGGGGAUCACAUUGGGAGCAACGCACUGAGCCUGAGGCUGGCAGCGCACAGGGGGGGUUGGCAAGGGCGGAGAUGGGCAGCAGCAGCGACGUGAGUGUCCCGGACGACCACUCCCUGGGCCUGGGGCUGGGCUUUGGGCAGGCGGCAGCAGGAGAAGAUGCUGACUGGGACGUGCCCCUGCCACAACCCGUGCUGCAGACGCGCGCUCAGGCUGUAGCAGAGGGGUUCAGAGAGGCCGCGGGGAGGUUCGUGCCGAUGCUGCCUGUCGAACAGGUGAAGCGCGUGGAGGAAGCUGCCAGGAAGUUUGCCAAGGACGGAACCAUCAUCUUUGCUGCAGCGUCGUAUGUGUACCUGCCUCUCUUCCGCAACUGGGUCACCGCUCUCAACCGCAUUGGCCUCUCCAGCAAUUUCCUGCUCUUCGCCCUCGACCAGGCCAUGUACGUGGCAGUGGAGGACGCCUAUCCCGGCCACGCCAUGUGGCUUGAAGUGGCAAAUCUGACCCAGCAUCCUACACCGCGCCCCACCGCUUUCCACCACCUCGGCUCUCCGGAGUUCCUCCUCCUGGCCGCCCGCCGCCCCUUCUUCGUGCGAGCUCUGCUCAAGGCGGGAGUGAACGCCCUGUACAGUGACCUCGACACCGUGUGGCUCAAGAACCCCCUCCCCUUCUUCCCGCCUUCGCUCGACAUCACCUUUCAAGACGACUCUCACCUCUUCUCCCCCGGAGAAGCCUCCCCCCUCCCCCUCCCCUCCAUCUCCUCCCCCUCCUCUCCUUCCAAUUCCUCUCUUGCCGUCCCUCUCCCUUGGUCGCAAAUCGCCCGAGCCUCCCCGUGCCUGGCAAUGUUCCGCCAAACCAAGGGCACUGAAGCUGUGGUGGAGGAUUGGGCUCGGAGAAUGGCAACAGUGGACUACACCUACGCUGUGCCUAGCAGUGACGUACCCUUGCUACAAAAGGCCCUAUUUCAAAUGGCUAAGGAUGGGAAACCACUCAAAGUGGGUAUUCUCCCUCAAGAGUCCUUCCCUCCUGGCUGGCUUGCUUUCAGCCCUCUAGGUUCCUCCUCCCCUUCAGCCUCAUCCUCGUUAGAAGCCUCUCAGUUACCAGGAUUAGGAUCUGAAGCACUUAUGAAGGAUCAGCUGCCGUCGUCGCUGUCGUUUGGUGGAGCAGUAGAGAGGGGUGUAGGGGGGAGGGUGUGGUUGCAGGAGCACAGAGAGGAGGUGGUGGUGGUGCAUUGCAAUGCGGCUCGCCUGCUGCCGUUCAAGAUCGAUGCGAUGAAGGCUAAUGGCGAGUCGUUACCCCAAGCCGGCACAAGCUCUUUCGGUAUGCGAGAGUUGCUGCAAGAUGACACCAAGACCUUACGAGAGGGCAAGCUUCUGGCGGAGACUCUCGCGGGUGCGGCGGGAGAAGCGACCCAGGCAGCAGCCGCUGGCACCAAGGGGAACAACAACGGGUGGGGUGGAGGGGCGGAGAGCGGUUCAGGGGGGUGGACGGAUGCGCUAUGGUCGCCCGCCAAGCUACUGGACGCAUUCGUGACGAGCCUGUCAAUGAUCCUCGUCAGCGAGAUCGGAGACGAGACGUUCAUCAUCGCUGCCCUCAUGGCCAUGCGCCAUCCGCGCAGCAUUGUGCUCGCUGGAGCGCUCUCAGCUCUUGGGAUCAUGACGGUGCUAUCCACGGGACUGGGUCUCAUAGUGCCCAACCUUAUUUCCAGAAAGGCCACCAACAGCGCUGCCACAGUGCUGUACACCUUCUUUGGCCUGCGCCUGCUCUACAUUGCGUGGAGGGCCGACCCUAAGGAGUCUGCUGCAAAGGAGAUGGAGGAGGUAGAGGAGAAGCUGGAGAGCGAGGAGAAUGACAAGGGCAGGCACAGAGGCAUUCGCAAGUUCUUUGCUGGCUUCUGCACGCCUGUCUUCCUCGAGCCCCAGAGGGCUUUAACAGCUACAAACCCUUUCCUACGCCUGGCUCAACUAGCCAUCACUAGCAUACUCUCGCCGCGACCUACGCCGUCGCCGCCGUUCCCCCCCCCUCCCGCCGCGAUUACGCCUUCCUCGCCUGCGGAUUCCACCGCCGCGAGCGCAACGCCGCUGUCCCCUCCUCCCCCCCGCCGCGACCCCCUGUCGCCGCCUCCCCUUCUCGCCGCCGCGCCUGAUUCGGCGCCGCCUGCGCAUCCUGCCGCCGCGACGCCUCGUCGCCGCCUGCCCGCUGCCCGUCCCUCCGCCGCGACGUCACGUCGCCGCGUUCCCGCCGCCGCGCCUGCUACGGCGCCGCCUGCGCAUCCUGCCGCUGCGACGCCUCGUCGCCGCCUGCCCGUCCCUCCGCCGCGACGUCUCGUCGCCGCGUUCCCGCCGCCGCGCCUGCUUCGGCGCCGCCUGCGCAUCCUGCCGCCGCGACGCCUCAUCGCCGCCUGCCCGUCCCUCCGCCGCGACGUCUCGUCGCCGCGUUCCCGCCGCCGCGCCUGCUACGGCGCCGCCUGCGCAUCCUGCCGCCGCGACACCUCGUCGCCGCCUGCCCGUCCCUCCGCCGCGACGUCUCGUCGCCGCGUUCCCGCCGCCGCGCCUGCUUCGGCGCCGCCUGCGCAUCCCGCCGCCGCGACGCCUCGUCGCCGCCUGCCCGUCCCUCCGCCGCGACGUCACGUCGCCGCCUCCCCUUCCCGCCGCCGUGCCUGCUUCGGCGCCGUCUGCCCGUCCCGCCGCCGCGACAGCUCGUCGCCCCCUGCCCGUCCCGCCGCCGCGACCUAA